AUGCCUCGGCAGUUAGACAUGAGUGGCUGGAGCGGAGAUUCGUAUGGCGAUCGAGCAUCAAGACGCUCGCGUGAUGCAGACGAAGUUAACUAUCGCAACAUGCGUGAAGCCUCAAACCGUUAUGAGAGUUCUAGGGAAAACGACCACCCACGUCGUCCAUUACCCAGGGAAGAAUCCCAGCAUCCGUUUGAGACGAAAUCUUCGCGUACUUCUGACUUCGACAUCAGCAGCAUUUCCAGUGGACGCAGUACUGUUGGAGGAAGCACGUUAAGCUUCAACUUCACGUCAAUUGGGAGCGGCAGGUACCAACCACGGGGUGAUCGAGCGAGUCGACAGGAUAACCAGCGAGAGGCCGAUGACUUUAUUCGCAGUGACAGCACGAGAUCCUCUCGAUGGGAUGAACAUGCCGAACCACGGCGAUCAGACCGUAGAAGUCAAGACAGAUUUCAACGAGCACAUGCUUCAGAUUCUUCAGCCUACACUGGAGCUGCAGAAUCAUUCAACUCGAAUACUUCUCUUCGAUACGAACAAGCCGAGUCGAUACGUUCAAAUGACAAAGCUGAUUCCAUCCGGGGCCCCGAGUCACCCGUACCGGCUCGAAGAGUAAAGUCGUCUAGAGACGAUGGCGAGUUACCAGAAAUCGGAACGUCUUUACUCCCUUCAGGCUUUGAUAACCAGGACGAACACCACCUUAGCCGAACAAAUUCGGAGACAUCCAUUGCACCUGCUUUCCCUGAAUCCGAAUACGACUCUGACACCAAGAGAAAUCGAGAUCGCAACUCAAAGCUGUCCAUUUCUUCUCCUAUUCUUUCGGACAGAUCACGUGACAGGAGGUUUGUUUCCUCGUCGCCAUGCUCGCCGGCCUCAGUGAAAAGCAUGACGGCCAGUAGGAAAGCGUCAAAGUCUACUCAAUCUGCCAUGAGUGACCUUCGUGAAAAUCUGUACGCAUUUCGAAAGCAGAUGCGUGAGAUAUUUAUCCGCGUAGAGGACAUGGUGGACGUUCACCGAUCUUUCUUCAAAUCUGAUCCAAGCACCGGAAAGCCGGUAUUCCGUGAGGAACUCCAGCAAGAAGCUGAGAAGCUAGCCAACGAAACUUUUGAGCAGCUAGCUGAUCUACGCGAGCAUUUCGUUCGGUUAGCAAAGGAUUUCCAGCGAUCGGAAACAGACGAACAGCCUGUGCCGAGAGGGACUCGCUUUCCUAGUCCAGAAGCCUCUUCACGGUCCAAGAGAUCACUACGCACUGUCUCGAGCCGUUCAUCAGAUGAUGAGAACAAUAGCGUGAAGCACUCCGACCAUCCAGAAGAUGAUGGAAGCGAGCGCCUCUCGGUGGCCAGCGAAAACAACGACGAGGCUUCGAGUAUGGAGCUCUCGCCAAGCAUCCGACAGUCGACUCAGAGCAGUGACGAUGAUUUUCCAACCGUGUCAGAGUCGAUAGCAUCUACCAAGUUGUCAUCGCGAUGGCGAAAAAACCCGAGCAGGGACUCAGAAUCCAUCGCUAUGAGCGAUAUCAGCGCACGCACGAAGACUCGUGCUCCUAGUAUCGUCAGCGACUCCAGCUCGCGUCACGAUCAAUGUAGCAAGAGUGAACCCGACGCGGAUAGCAUCUUCAAAGAUUUCGACAAGCGUAUGGAGCAGAUCCGCUGCUCGCUAAACGCUAUCGCGAACGGUAGGACGCCGAUAAAUCACCAGGGCAACACUUCCAGCGUUGCGACGCCACCGAAAAAUUUCACGGUCGGAGGAGCGGGUUCGCCCAUCCGUGCCAUGAUGGACGUGACUCGCACUCGGCCAACUCCGCUCGAGGCGCCGGGGAUAUCCAGGAGACUGGGAGAAGACGAUAGCCGACCUCGACCCGGCGGCCGUGAAGCCGAGCUACGUCACCUGCUGCGUGAGCUCAACCACAUCAACAGCAGCAACGAGGACGAAGAGGACUAG